AUGGCAUCCUUUAGGAUGAGGACGCCGUCGCCCUCACCUAUGGUGUCCAGGUCUGGCCAUGUGUCUAGGGUGGUCAGUCCUGCGCGUUCCGCGGGGCCGCCCCUCUACUUGCGGACCAAGCGCGAUCCGUUGGUGGUGAGCGUGAUCACCAUCCCUGGACAUCCGGCACCUCCUGUUUAUGCCGCGCGCCUUCCACCCGCGAUGCCAGUACGGCAGUGCCCGCCGUUUGCGACACCGCGCCGAGUCAGGCCUGGCCACCGUGAGAUGGGAGCAGCGUCGUCGCCGGCUCUCCAGACCCCACCCAAGGUAACCAGGCCAUCACCAUCAGCCUCCCAUGAGUUCUCAACUUCGAGGCCCUUGCCGAACUUGCUGCAGCGGCGGAAGCCGGACAUGGAGGAGCCUCCCGACUAUGGCUCCCCAAAGGCAGGGCCAGAGACCCGUGAGCUGCAGGCGAUGCAGCAAGAACACGAAGCCGGGGAGAAGGAGCAGCAGAUGCAGCUCCAGGAUGAGGCGGAGCCGGCGGUGCGGGAGCAUGCGCUUCAGGAGCAGCGGCUCCAUUUCGAGCAGCGGCUCCAGGAGAAAGCAGAUGCUCAUGAGCAAACUUGCAAGGCCCUGCAACUCGAGCACGAGCAAGCGCUGAAGGAAGAAAAGGAGCUGCGCGAGCAUGCGCUUGAGGAGCAGCGGCUCCAUUUCGAGCAGCGGCUCCAGGAGAAAGCAGAUGCUCAGGAGCAAACCUGCAAGGCCAUGCAACUCGAGCACGAGCAAGCGCUGAAGGCCGAGGAAGCACGACGAGAGCAUGCGCUUGAGGAGCAGAACCUUCAUUACCAGGGCAUCCUGCAGGAGAUGCGCCUCGAAUACGAUCAAGCAAUGGAGGCAGAAAAGGCGUUGCGAGAGCGUGUGCUCCAGGAGCAGCGUCUGAACUUCGAGAAGCUGCUGCAGGACCAGAGCCUCCAUGUCCAGCGGCUGCUGCAGGAGAUCGGGGACGCCCACGAGCAGACGCGCAAGGCGAUGCGGCUCGAAUACGAGCAAGCCCUGGAGGCCGAGAAGGCGCUGCGCGAGCGUGCGCUCCAGGAGCAGCAGCUUAACUUCGAGCAGCUGCUGAAGGAUGCGCGAAAGCAGACGAUGGAGGACGUCGUGCCGCGCCAGCCUGCAGCUUCCGAGCACCGGGAUACUCCACAGGAAGCCGCCGCAGUCUCCCCACCGCCGCAGGGGCAGCCUCUGCCUGCGCAGGAAGCCGCUGCAUUCUCCCCAGCGCCGCGGGCGCAGCCUCUGCCUGCGCAGGCGCGUGCCAGCGAAGAGGAACAGGCUGCGCACUUCAAGGAAGCCCUGGCGUGCUACCACCAGCGCUAUGGCAAGAUCCCGGAUGCCUCGCAGCUCGCCACGUUCUCCGCGAACAUGGGCUUCCGCGUGCCCUUCAAGUUGGCGAAGGAGCUUCUCUGGGCCCGCCGCCGCCGUUGA